CUGCCUCUCUCUCUCUCUCGCCUGGCUCUCUAUUCCACGGCCGCCGCCACAACCCGGGCCUCACCACCGGUGACGUAACACGGGCCUCCUUCCACCGACGUCUUCCCUCGCCGACAGGCCACGCAGCUCACCGCUUCCCCGCCCUCUAGCUCUACGCCGAUGGCCCACGUGAAGUCCGACGCUGAGGAGGAGUGGUCCGACUCCGACCUCGACGAUGCCUCGGACACCGAGGUGGGCGAUGCCCUCGAUUGGCUUGACGCAGUCGAGGGGCCCGACGGCUCUGCCCGGCCCUCCGGCGCCUUCUCGUCCUCCGGAGGCGGGGCCGCGGCGCGCCGGCCGAACGCUCACGGCGGAGUGCUCUCCCGCCCAUUCCAGCCGCUCUCCAACCGCACCCAGAAGCUGGCCUCGCACAUUCGUGCCGCCCCCUUGGAGGAGUGGGAAGGUAGGAUGAACGUGGGGAUGUCAAAUUCAGUCACCACUGCAAUCAGGGAUAGCAUAAGGGACACAGCAAUUGGGAAGAUACGGUACACUGAGAAAGCUGAUCGUGCUACAGUGGAACAGGCUAUUGACCCAAGAACACGCAUGGUUUUAUUCAAGAUGUUAAACCGUGGUACUUUUAGUAACAUAAAUGGCUGCAUUUCUACAGGAAAAGAGGCAAAUGUAUAUCAUGCAACAAAGAAAAAUGGCGAGGAGCAAGCAAUUAAAGUCUACAAGACCUCUGUUCUUGUUUUUAAGGAUAGAGACCGAUAUGUUCAAGGAGAUUAUCGUUUUAGACAUGGUUAUUGCAAGCAUAAUCCUCGGAAAAUGGUUAAGACCUGGGCUGAAAAGGAAAUGAGGAAUCUUCUACGAGUGAGAGCAGCUGGAAUCCGAUGCCCAAAACCGUUGCUUCUGAGACUUCAUGUACUGGUGAUGGAAUUCAUAGGGAAAGGAGGUUGGGCUGCUCCUCGUCUCAAAGAUGCUGCUUUAUCAGAUGACAAGUUGCGUGAAAGUUACUUUGAGAUAGUUACAAUAAUGCGAACUCUUUACCAAAAGUGCAAACUGGUUCAUGGCGAUUUGAGUGAGUACAACAUUCUUUAUUUCGAGGGCCACUUGUACAUUAUUGAUGUUUCACAAUCUGUUGAUCUUGAUCAUCCUCUAGCGUUGGACUUUUUGAAGGAAGAUUGCCUGCACGUUUCUGAUUUCUUUAAAAAACGAGGUGUUGCGGUCAUGCCAGUAAUAGAUUUAUUUAAUUUUGUUGUUAACCAAAACAUUGCUGAUGAAGAUGUCGAUGCUUACCUGGAAAAGAUUCAGCAAAAGAUUUUGGAGAAUGGAGGUAUAGUUCCAAACGAUGAUGAAAUCACUCCCACAGUCAUGGUGCAGACGUUGGAUUACGUGAAGCAAUGUGAGGCAGAUAUUGUCAACAUGUCAAUGAUGCAGCGUUCAUCCUCUGGCUACGAGCCACCAGCAGAUAAGCUUUAUGAUCAGCCACUAUUAGGGUUUGUGCGGACUAAAAAUGUGCACACUGAAAAGCAGCAAGAUCAAUUACCACAAGAUACAGCGGAAGCAACCUUGGAUCUGCAAAACAAGUGUUCAUUGGAGGACAACACGGAAAGUGAAGAAGAUGAUAGCGAAUCUUGCUCCAGUUCUGAUGAAGAUUCAUGGCACGAGGCGGAUCCCAAGCUGGGACCGGAGGAAAGAAAAGCUGCUAGGAAGGAACACAAGAAGAAGGUGAAGGAAGAGAAGAGGGAAGCUCGCAAGACCAAGAAACCGAAGGCUGAGAAAAAGAGGAGGAAGAAAAUGGCGAAAGCAAAGUGCAAGCGGUAGUGAAUCUCUGGGUAAUCAGUAUUAGAUCACGUUGAAUCUAACUGCAAUAUAGCCUGAGGGAGUGAUGUCACAAAUUUUCACAUUGUUGCAAACUUUUCUUGAUCGUUUUUAAUGCAUUACUCAGAAUACUGCUGGUGUGCAGGAGUAAUGUCCUCGAUUUUAAGCUCUACCUGUAUCACGAAUGAAACUGCCAGUCGUCCAGGGAGGAGUACAAUACUUGUCUAA